AUGUCCUUAGCUUUAAGAAUAGGUGGCUCGUUCUCCGUGCCUCAGGCCCUCUUGGCCAUGUUGCCCAAGUUGCCUGCCUUCCCCAUAAAUAGCAUUUUCCACAACAGCCCCGCCAUAGACGAAAGAUUGGAAGAAUUAAGAGAACAGAUCGAAAAUAACCACGGACGUCCUCCCUUCAUGAUAGACAAUGGCACCAUCGUCAAGGCCGCCCCAAAGAAGAAGAUGUCUAAGAGAAGACACAGAACCAAGUUGUACACCCCAGGAGACAAACAAAUUCACCCCCUCAAUAACAUAGUCAGAUGUCCGGCCUGUGGACAUGUCAAGAGAUCCCACUUCAUGUGCAUGAACUGUUUCGCGGAAAUCAGAACCUUCUUGAAGGGCAAGAAGAGGGAGAAUGGCUUGAUCAAAGACGCCGAAAACCCCCAAACCAACUUGGAUCCGGUGGACGAAAAGUUGAUCUACCCUGGCAAGUACUUGAAGGAUGACCAGAUCAGAUUGGAAGAAAAGAAGUGGAUUCCAGUGAGGGAGGAACCAUUGAUGUUCGACAAGAAGCACUUGAAGCACUCCAAAUAG